AUGGCCACAUCGCUUCGUCCUUUUUCGUUAACUCACGGAGCUAUAGAACAUACCUGUUUGGUACCUACAAACCUUUUUUUCAGCUUUUCCCAGCUUAAAGAGCAGUUUGUAAAGGUGCUUCCCGAAGCUACUGAGGGUAAUGCCGGCGACAAUGAACCAGCAUCUCCUGCGGAGUUAUUCGCCAAGUUUUUGGGUUACACUGCCUCCUUGGUGGAUCCCGCAUCCCCUGGUCAAUUUGAUCAAGUCUUAAAAUUGUCACUUCAGGAUUUUGAGUCGAGAUUCUUGUCCAAUAAUUCUGAUGUGCAUUCCUUGGCUGCCCAAUUGCUUGCAGAUGACGUCAAUUACCCAACUACCACCGCCAAAGUGAAGGAUGUGAUCACCAACUAUUAUACUGCAGUGAUCAAUUCCAAUACUUCUAUCCCAAAGUCUGAGUCCGACUUGUUGAGACACUCCAUUAAUAACAAAUCCAACACCUCCGCUCAAAAGGCAGAGAUCAUCGCUUUGUUUGGUGGACAGGGAAAUACCGAUGAGUAUUUCGAGGAGUUGAGAGACUUGUACCGUAUGUACAACGGAUUGGUCAAGGAAUUGCUCGACAAAGUCGCUACCAGAUUGAACAAAUUGGUCAAAUCCACCGAGAAUGUCGACAAAAUCUAUACCCAAGGUUUCGAUGUUUUAAAAUGGUUGCUGAAACCAGAGCAAACUCCUGAUCAAGAUUACUUGUUGUCUGUCCCAGUGUCGUGUCCAUUGAUCUGUGUCAUUCAGUUGUGUCACUACACGGUGACAUGUAAGACUUUGGGUUUGACCCCAGGAGACCUUAGACAAUACUUGUCAGGUACCACUGGUCACUCGCAAGGUUUGGUUACUUCGUUGGCCUUGGCUUCCUCCGAUUCUUGGGAAUCAUUCUAUGAUAAUGCCUUGAAGGCCGUAUCUAUAUUGUUCUUCAUUGGAACGAGAUCGUUGAUGGCCUACCCAAGAACUACCUUACCACCAACAAUGUUGCAAGACUCUCUUGAAAACGGCGAAGGAAGACCAUCUCCUAUGUUGUCUGUUAGAGACUUGUCUAUCGAAGAAGUCGAAUCUUUCAUUGGUCAAACCAACAAGCACUUGCCUCAAGAGAAGCAUGUUGGUAUCUCCUUGAUCAAUGGUGCUAGAAAUCUCGUGGUGUCCGGUCCCCCAGAGUCUUUGUAUGGAUUGAACUUGACUUUGAGAUCGAAGAAGGCUCCAGCAGGUUUGGAACAAGCUAGAGUGCCAUUUUCUGAAAGAAAAUUGAAAUUUUCCAACAGAUUCUUGCCAAUCUUUUCUCCAUUCCACUCUCAUCUUUUGGCUGAUGCAACUGAGGUUAUUUUGGAUGACUUGGAAGCUAACGGUGUCUCGUUGAAGAAGAGCGAUUUGCAGAUUCCUGUCUAUGAUACAUUCAGUGGUCAAAAUCUUCAAGACUUUGAUGAGUCCUCUGGUGAAACCGUUGUGGCUCGUGUGAUCAGAUGCAUCACCGAAUUGAAGGUCAACUGGGAAAGUGCCACCAACUUUAAGUCUACCCACUUGUUAGACUUUGGUCCUGGUGGUGUUUCUGGAUUGGGUGUUUUGACCCACCGUAACAAAGACGGAACCGGAUCCAGAAUUAUCAUUGCAGGUACUUUGGAGACCAACUCGCCCGAUGAUGAAUACGGAUUCAAGCAAGAAAUUUUCUGCAAAGCUGAGAACUCUAUCAAAUGGGCUCCCAACUGGUUGAAGGAAUUCAAGCCAAAGUUGACCAAGACCAAGAACGGUAAGGUCUUCGUCGAUACCAAAUUCUCCAGACUUUUAGGAAGACCUCCUCUCAUGGUUCCAGGUAUGACUCCCACUACCGUCAAUCCUGAUAUCGUGGCUGCUACGAUCAAUGCUGGUUACCACAUUGAGAUUGCAGGUGGAGGUUACUUUAGUGCUGGUCAUAUGGAAGGCGCUCUCAAACAGGUUGAAGCAAAGAUUGCUCCAGGCUCUGGUAUUGGUAUCAACUUGAUUUACGUAAACCCUAGAAUGCUUCAAUGGGGUAUUCCAUUGAUCAAGGAAUUGAGAGAGAAAGGCUUCCCAAUUCAAUCCAUGUCUAUUGGUGCUGGUGUUCCUUCUUUGGAAGUUGCUACAGAGUACAUUGAGACGUUGGGAUUGACUCAUUUGGGAUUGAAGCCAGGAUCCAUUGACGCAAUCUCCCAAUGUAUCACUAUUGCUAAGGCUCAUCCUGAAUUCCCUAUCGUUGUGCAAUGGACUGGUGGUAGAGGUGGUGGCCAUCACUCUUAUGAGGAUUUCCAUCAACCUAUCUUGCAAAUGUACUCCAAGAUUAGAAAAUGUUCCAACAUUAUCUUGGUCGCCGGCUCAGGUUUCGGUUCCGACGAGGAUACUUAUCCAUACUUGACUGGUUCUUGGUCCGAACAUUUCAACUACCCACCAAUGCCUUAUGAUGGUGUUUUGUUUGGUUCUAGAAUGAUGACCGCUAAGGAAGCUCAUACUUCUUUGGACGCCAAGAAGGCUAUCGCUGCCUGUACCGGUGUUCCAGAUGGUGAAUGGGAGAAGUCCUACAAGAAGCCAACUGGAGGUAUCAUCACUGUUAGAUCGGAAAUGGGCGAACCAAUCCACAAGAUUGCCACCAGGGGUGUUUUGUUCUGGAAGGAGAUGGAUGACUCCAUCUUCAAUCUUCCAAAGAACAAAAUGCUUGAAGCUUUGACAAAGAAGAAAGACUAUAUCAUCAGCAAGUUGAACAAAGACUACCAAAAGCCAUGGUUUGGUGUGAAUGCGGAGGGUGUUUGUGAUUUGCAAGACAUGACAUACCAGGAAGUCGCCAACAGAUUGGUUGAGUUGAUGUACAUCAAAAAGUCUAAGAGAUGGAUUGAUAUUUCGUUGAGAAACUUCUAUGGAGACAUCUUGAGACGUAUUGAGGAGCGUUUCACCUCUGAGCCCAGCAAAAAGUCAGUUAUCCAAAACUACGCACAGCUUCAAGAAGAUCCUCAAGCUUUCACCGACAAGUUCUUUGAGUACUACCCAAUGGCCAAGAACCAAUUGAUCAAUGAAGAGGACUGUGAUUACUUCUUGAUUUGUUGCCAGCGUCCUACUCAAAAGCCUGCACCAUUUGUGCCAGUUCUUGAUGAAAGAUUCGAGUUUUUCUUCAAGAAGGAUUCUUUGUGGCAAUCUGAAGAUUUGGAAGCUGUUGUGGAUGAAGACGUUCAACGUACUUGUAUUUUGCAUGGCCCUGUUGCUGCUCAGUUCACCACCAAGGUUAAUGAACCUGUGAAGGAGAUUUUGGAUUCGAUUCAUGAGGGACACAUUAGAAGGUUGAUUGCGGACGAUUACGCCAACGAUGAGUCCAAGAUUCCUGUUGUGGAGUACUUUGGUGGAAAGAAUGCUGUUCCUUACAAACCAAUUCCAGGAGUUGUCAGAGAGGUUUCCGGAUCGAAGAUCACCUUCAAGGUGACUAGUCCAAUUACCAGCAAAAAUGAUUGGUUGCAAGCUAUUGCUGGUGAGAAAUUGAACUGGCUUCACGCCUUUAUCACAACCGACAGGGUUGUUCAGGGCCUGAACCAUGUCAAGAACUCAUUCCACGAUAUCUUGAUUCCUCCAGUGAACCUGGUGGUUGAGAUUGAAAAUGAGUCGAGUGACAAGAUCAAGCUCACCCUCCUCGAGUCUAUCCGUGACGACUUGAAGCCUGUUGUCGAAAUCAAGCUUGUUGAGAAUGGUCUUAUUCAAAGCUCUUUGAUUGAACACAGAACUGCCGAUGGAAAGCCCGCUUACUUGAACUUCCUCUACAAGUUCAAUCCACGCGAUGGUUUUGCUCCUAUCUCGGAGGUUAUGGAUGGUCGCAACGAUAGAAUCAAGAACUUCUACUGGCAAUUGUGGUUUGGCUCGCAGAUUAGUCCCGAUUUCAACAUUGAUGUUGAGAAGAUCAUCCCUGGUGACAAGACCACUAUUUCCGGCAAGCUCAUCUCGGAGUUCACCCAUGCUAUCGGAAACAAGUGUGAUGCCUUUGUAUCCAGACCAGGCAAACCUACUUUGGCUCCAAUGGAUUUUGCAAUUGUUAUUGGAUGGAAGGCUAUCAUGAAAGCGAUUUUCCCCAAGACAAUCGAUGGUGAUUUGUUGCGUUUGGUUCACAUGUCCAAUGGUUACAAGAUGAUUCCAGGUGCUUCUCCUUUGCAGAAGGACGACGUGGUAUCGUCCAGUGCCGAGAUCAAGGCUGUCGUCAAUCAGCCAUCUGGAAAGAUGGUGGAAGUCGUUGGUACUAUCACUAGAGAUGGUAAGCCAGUGAUGGAAGUCACUUCCCAGUUCUUGUACCGUGGUGAGUAUGUUGAUUUUGAGAACACUUUCCAGAAGACCACCGAGACUCCAAUGCAAGUCUCUUACAAGUCUGCUAAGGACGUUGCCAUUCUUACUUCUAAGGAGUGGUUCCACUUGGAGAAGGAGGUCAAUUUGAUGGGUCAAGAUUUGACUUUCCGUUGUGAAUCUGUCUACAAGUUCAAAUCCGCAAAUGUGUACUCUUCAAUUCGUACAACUGGUCAAGUGUACUUGGAACUUCCCUCAAAGGAGGUUAUUCAAAUUGGUUCAGUCGAUUAUGAAGCCGGUAAGUCUUACGGUAACCCAGUUACCGACUAUUUGUCGAGAAACGGAAACUCAAUCGAACAGGCCGUCAAGUUCGAGAAUGCUAUCCCAAUUUCCUCCGGUGAAGAGUUGACCUCAAAGGCUCCAAGUACCAAUGAACCUUAUGCUAAGGUAUCUGGUGAUUACAAUCCAAUCCAUGUUUCAAGAGUGUUUGCCUCCUACGCCAAUUUGCCUGGAACUAUCACUCACGGUAUGUACUCCUCGGCUUCUAUCAGAGCUUUGGUCGAAGAGUGGGCUGCUAAUAACAUUGCCUCCAGAGUUAGAGCUUUCAAGAGUGACUUUGUCGGAAUGGUCCUUCCUAACGACACCUUGCAAACUACUUUGGAACAUAUCGGUAUGAUCAAUGGUCGUAAGAUCAUCAAGGUUGAGACAAGAAAUGUUGAUGCUGAUAUGACUGUCUUGAUCGGAGAGGCUGAAAUUGAACAACCAAUUACCACUUACGUUUUCACAGGACAAGGAUCCCAAGAGCAAGGUAUGGGUAUGGACUUGUACAACUCUUCAGCUGUUGCCAGAGAAGUAUGGGACAGAGCUGAUCGUCACUUUGUUGAUAACUAUGGAUUCUCCAUUCUCAACAUUGUGAAGAAUAACCCUAACGAGUUGACAAUUCACUUUGGUGGUCCAAAGGGUAGAAAGAUCAGAGACAACUACAUUGGAAUGAUGUUCGAGACCAUUGCUGAAGACGGGUCAAUUAAAUCUGAGAAGAUUUUCAAAGACAUUGACCACAACACAACCUCGCAUACUUUUGUUUCGCCAACUGGUUUGUUGUCUGCUACACAGUUCACCCAACCUGCUUUGACCUUGAUGGAGAAGGCUUCUUAUGAAGAUAUCAAGUCGAAGGGAUUGGUACCAGAAAACAUCAUGUUUGCUGGUCACUCCUUGGGUGAAUAUUCUGCUUUGUCCUCUUUGGCAAAUGUCAUGCCUAUUGAGUCAUUGGUGGAUGUUGUGUUCUACCGUGGUAUGACCAUGCAAGUCGCAGUUCCAAGAGACGAAUUUGGAAGAUCCAACUAUGGUAUGUGUGCUGUGAAUCCUUCCAGAAUUGACCCCACUUUCAAUGAUGCUGCGUUGCGUUUCGUUGUUGAAGAAGUUGCUUCUACUACUGGAUGGCUCUUGGAAAUUGUGAAUUACAACGUCGAGAACACCCAAUAUGUCACUGCUGGUGACUUGAGAGCCUUGGAUACCUUGACAAACGUGCUCAAUGUCUUGAAAUUGAACAAGAUCAACAUCGUCAAGUUGCAAGAAACCUUGAGUAUUGAAGAAGUCAAGAAACACUUGAAGGAUAUCAUUGACGAGGUUUCAGCUAAAUCCAGUGCAAAGCCUCAGCCAAUUGACUUGGAAAGAGGGUUCGCUGUCAUCCCAUUGAAGGGUAUCUCUGUUCCUUUCCACUCAUCCUACUUGAUGUCUGGAGUGAAGCCAUUCCAAAGAUUCUUGUGCAAGAAGAUUCCCAAAUCUUCUGUCAAGCCUAAUGACUUGAUCAACAAGUACAUUCCUAACUUGACCGCUAAACCAUUUGAGAUCACCAAGGAGUACUUCCAAGAAGUUUACGAAUUGACUAAAUCCCAAAAGAUCAAGGCUAUCAUCGAUAACUGGGAGCAGUAUGAGAAAGCCUGA